AUGUUCAAAACUGUUAACAGAAUGAUUAUUAGAUUUUUGGUACUUGUGGCCAUUGUGUUCCUGCUGAGUUUAUUGGUUAAGGGUCAGAAUUUAAAGAAAUCCUUUCACAAACCAGAUCCAAAAUGGUCACUGAAAUCCAAUUAUUUGAAUGUACCGGCAGUUGGUCGGAAGCGCCGAUCUGGUGAUGAGAACAAUCCUAAAUCCUUUCUUGAAGGGAUUCUUAAUCGCAAAAGCAAUAGAGUAGAUCCAGAGUCCAACUAUCCGCAAAUUUUGUCAGGGAAAUUACAACCAAAUGGCCAAAAUUGGUUCACUGUCUUGCCAACUCCUGUUCUGAUUCACCGAGUGUCUCUCCGUACUAUUGUUGGUUUAUAUGUAACGUCAAUUGGCCACAGGAGGAUCAAUCAAAUCAUUUCGGAAGCUCAGUACGGUUCUGACGAUGCUGAUCGUCAUGCUCGACUUCACUUGGCAGCAACUCAUCUUCUUUACUAUAUUACAUUUCUAAAAGAAGGUAUCUGUACAUUUGGCGUGGUCAGCAUGAACAGACAGAUUUAUAGCGACAAUCCAGACUAUUCUCUCAAACCUCAGACUCCCAUUCAGCGCCACCUGGUGCAGAUGAGAGUCCCUACCACAGUUGUGUUAAAGUGUGUCAAGAGUAUCAUGCAACAAUGA